AUGGUAUAUAACGGGGCGAAGAGAUUGGUGUUGACCUCCCGUUCGGGUCUUAAAAAUGAUUACCAGAAAUAUAUUGUCAAUCGAUUGAAGGCUUUUGGAAAACAAAAUAACUAUUUCGAGAAUCAGGUAAUGGUUUCGACGGCCAAUUGCUUCACUAUUGAGGGCACAAAACAACUGUUAGAUGAGUGCAAAGGGUUGGGCGCACCCAUCGGUGGUGUCUUUCAUUUGGCCCUCGAGUUAAACAAUUGUCUCUUCAGUGAAGUGUCUUUCGAGACAUUCAUGAAAACCGUUGACAUAAAGGAAAAGAUAUUCAAGAAUUUGGAUCAAUUGAGCCGAGAAUUGGACUAUAAUUUAGAAGGUGUCUUUCAUUUGGCCCUCGAGUUAAACAAUUGUCUCUUCAGUGAAGUGUCUUUCGAGACAUUCAUGAAAACCGUUGACAUAAAGGAAAAGAUAUUCAAGAAUUUGGAUCAAUUGAGCCGAGAAUCGGACUAUAAUUUAGACCAUUUUGUGGUGUUUUCGUCCAUUUCUUCGGGAAUGGGAAUCGCGGGGGAUAUAAACUAUAAUACGGUGAAAACAGUGGAGAACUCACUGUUAAAGUUGGACUCUGAGGCCAAAGAGGGCUCAAAAUCAUUCAUCAAUAAGUUGUGGGGAUCUCUGGGUAUCGACCCGUCGGCCUCUCCGGCGGACAUCACUUUAGGAGAGAUCGGAAUUGAGUCCAUAUUUGCCUCAGAAUUACAGCAAGAAUUGGGGAAACUUUGUAAUCAAGCCAUUAAAGUAAAGCUCAUUAAAGACAUGUCUGUCGGACUCCUUCGGGAGUUUGAGUCCGGAGGCGAUGACACCAUUAAAGCCUAUUUCAAUGGUAUAAUGAGGGCUCGAAUAUCACUCUCGAAGUAUAGGUUUGUGAUUCCUGUGGAAACUCACGUCAGACUCAAUGGUGUCUCAAACGGAAAGCCAUUGUAUUUAAUGCCGACUCUGGAGAUG